CCCGCCCCCACUUUCCCCUCCCCCACUCGCGCUCUGACGGUUUAAGCGGAAGUUGUUGCCGGUGCGCGAGGCGGUCCCGCGAUGACGUCACCCCGGGGGCGGGCCUGUACCCGGGAGGGAGACGGAGAGAUGAGCAGCUCACCUGCACCAAGGAUUGUUUAUAAUGGCAAACGAAACAAUGGACCACGUUCUCCGACUAACACUGCACCACAAGAGAUUUAUACUCCAGCACAUGAAGAAAAUGUCAGAUUUAUACAUGAAGCUUGGCAGUGUGUGGAGCGAGAGCUGAGGAGCCAGAUGUCAGGAAACGAACGAGGCCCUGUCCAGUACGUAGAGAAGAAUCCAAAUCCCAAUCUGAACAAUUUCACACCCGUCGACUUGAGUGAUUUAAAGAAGAGGGGUGUGUCAGAUGCUAAGAAGUCUUAAGGGCUGUUUUUGGCUGGAUUUGAUCUUUCCUUCAACAUCCUCAGGAGCUUCCUUUUGAAGUUUGUUUUCUUUGAUCUCUGGCUGGAGAGGAAUCCAGAGCCGACCCACUUUCUUCCACCAGAAUGGAUGUCCUGUCAGUUACCUUUAACUGACCUGAGGAUGCAUGCAGUCAGCAUGUGUAAAAAAAAACCGAACGUUUGUAGAUGGUGCUAAUUUUAACUGAUUUAUUUUCCAUCUGUUUCUUCUCCAUUUCUGUCAAGAGCUGUGCUCCAUUUGACAUGUUAUGGCCGCAAUUCAGACUCUUUUCUGCCUUGAGGAGUGUAAUGCCCUCAGGAGGCACGUUUUCGGAAACUCUUCACACUGGGCUCAGAUUGUAAGUUUUCUCCGUCAUUUUCUUGGCAUCAGCAACCAAACACGAUCUUCUGGAUAGUCUUGUUCAGAAAUGUUGGGUUGGGAGGGGACAAAAAAAAAAUUUAGCCCAUUGAAUGAUGCAGAAACCUCAAUGACUAAGAUUUGUUUGUUUAAAAUUACCAUUCCCAUAGCUAGAGGUUGAGAUCAGAUUUGGUGAAACAUUCUAUUUGACUUGCACUGUAUGCAGCCAGUACUCAUGUGGGAAAACUAAAAGCCCAUGCUGAAUGAUUGGACUAGAAGCAGUGAGCUGUGUGAUGGGAUCAUAAACUGCUUUCUGUAUACAGGCCACGAGUUUGAGUCAUUUUAGGUUUGUAUUCCAGAUAAACUUCCAGCUUUCAAAUGAGUCUUUCACUAUUUUUAAAAUGGGAUGGGU